GACCUCAUGUAGACUCUCGAGUGGGACCGUGAUCUGAAAGAGGCGAGUGGGCACUGGGCGCCUCCUCUGGCGCAUGCAGUGACGCUCUGCCAAUUAAGUUCUCUAAUUUUUGAUUUGUCUUCAAAUCGGCGGAGAGAAGAAUGAUCUCUGAGAUGAUGUCAGACAUGGCGCUUCGCCGCCAUUGAAGGUGGAGGAGAGGGUUGAAAAUCCGAAAGAGAACGGAGAAAACUGGUGGCAGCGAGAUUCAAGGAGGAUAAAGCUUGAUUUGUCUCUUUGGCUGUUUGCUUGGAGCUUAUCUACUUGUAUUUUCGCGUGGAGAUCGGGUUUCGGUUGCUCUAAGAGGGAAAAUGGCGGAAGGAAGCCGGAACAGAUUGUUGAAGGAAGAGUAUUACUACUUCGAGAACUGUCCUGGAUGCAAGAUGGAGCGCCACAACCAGCUGCACCGCGGCUUUCCUCUCCGCCAACUCGUUAUGAUUUCGCUUGUUCUUCUGGUCACUGGAUUACCUAUAUCAGGUCUUUUCCCGUUCCUGUAUUUCAUGGUUCGGGAUUUUAAUAUUGCAGAUAAAGUGGAAGAUAUUGGGUUCUAUGCUGGUUUUGUCGGAGCUUCUUACAUGAUUGGCAGAGCAUUAACAUCUGUUUUCUGGGGAAUGGUGGCUGAUCGCUACGGUCGAAAACCUGUUAUUCUUUUUGGAAUUGUUACAGUGAUUAUAUUCAACACCCUAUUUGGCCUCAGUUUAAAUUACUGGAUGGCUAUUAUCACAAGGUUUCUUCUUGGAAGUUUGAAUGGCAUACUAGGACCAAUAAAGGCAUAUGCAAGUGAAAGUGUUAGUGAAGAAUAUCAAGCUUUAGCUCUGUCAUCUAUUAAUACAGCAUGGGGAAUCUCAUUGAUAAUUGGCCCGGCUUUAGGAGGGUUUCUUGCACAGCCAGCGGAGAAAUUUCCUAGCAUUUUCUCCCACGAGGGCUUGUUUGGGAGAUUUCCAUACUUCCUGCCCUGUUUUUGUACAUCACUCCUUGCAGUAGCUACAUUAAUUAUCUCUCUCUGGCUUCCGGAGUCACUGCACAUGCACGAUGAAAAUGUUCCAUCACCUUAUAGACCAUAUGAAGCUGUAGAAGAUGAAGAGCAGAUUGGUGCUUGUGAUGGAAAUGAAGAAACCCAAACAAAUACACUAAAAGAACUGCCUUCUAAGCCAAGUCUCUUCAAGAAUUGGGAGUUAAUGACAUCAAUCCUUGUUUAUUGCAUAUUCUCACUUCAUGAUAUGGCUUACUCAGAGAUAUUUUCACUUUGGGCUGUCAGUUCCCGUUCACUUGGUGGUUUGAGCUUUUCAUCUGGGGAUGUUGGUGAAGUCCUUGCCAUCACAGGUUUCACCCUUCUUGUGUUUCAAUCCUCUUUAUACCCAUAUGUGGAGAGGAUAUUUGGUCCCAUAAUGGUUUCUCGUGUUUGUGGGAUACUGUCGAUCCCCCUGCUGGCAAUUUAUCCAUUUUUAUCCUUGUUGACAGGAGCUGCCCUUUACAUCGCCGUAACUCUUGCAUCACUCUUUAAGAAUCUUCUCUCUGUCUCUAUCACAACUGGUAUGUUCAUCAUACAAAACAGAGCCGUGGAACAACACCAAAGAGGGGCUGCUAAUGGCAUUGCUAUGACAGGAAUGUCUCUUUUCAAGGCAAUUGGUCCAGCUGCAGGCGGUUCAUUACUUUCUUGGUCACAGAAGCGUCAAAAUGCUGCUUUUCUCCCAGGUCCUCAAAUGAUUUUCUUCAUCCUAAAUGUGAUCGAAGCAAUUGGAGUGCUGUUGACAUUCAAACCAUUUCUUGUUCCCCGCCAAAACUAGACCAAACUCAAAAUACAAUGAAGUAUAGCUCAAACACUUGGCUGCACCAAAAUCUCAACUCAUUUGUUGAUUCUCCUUCAUCAAGGAUUCGGAAGAGGCCAUGUGACCUUGUCGUGCACGUGCCUUCCUAACCGAACCCAGCAUCGUGAUCGACCUUCUUUGAGCUCGUGGGGCUCAUAUAUGGUUUUUUAUUUGCACCUAAUCAGGUAUAUUAUUUGACUUGUUACAAUCAAUAAAGUUAGAUUUUAGUUUAUAUAUAACCAUAAGUCAUUUGUAUUCUUUAAAUUCUAAUAGUAUUUAUAGUUGAUCAUCAAAUCUCCGACCAAAACAUUACGGGUUCGAACCCCACCCUAUAUAUUGUACUAGAAAAGGAGAAAGAAAAAAAACCUUAGUUUUUCAUCCUUCUACAAUCACUUUGAAUAUGUUUUUCAAC